ACAGAAGCGAGGCUAGCACUCGCGACCAAUCACGCGACGCCAAGAACGCAGGAGCCAAUCAGAGCCGAGUGCCUUGGCCUAUAUGAGGAGCGGAGGGCGGGUGAGGAUUCCAGUGAGAUCCAAGACCUCAAAGCAGCAAGUGCCAUGGCGAGCUGGAUGUUGGUGGCCCUGGUGGUGUCCUGUGUGCUGGUGGGCAGCGUCACUCCUCAGAUCACGUUCUCUAGGUCCUGGGUGCCACAGGGGAAGAGGUCCUCCUCCCCUGGUGACAUCCCCGAGCCCCUGGACCCCUGCAGGGACGCCAGAGCGGCCACCCUCACAUCCCUUGCUGGUCACCUCUUGGAUAUGAUGAACGACGUGGCAGCAGCUGACCACCGCCCCUUGCCCGACGACGGCACCACAGCACUCAGGCUCAGGAACGACAUGCUGGUCAGGCGUCGCCGCGUGGCAUAGAGGGGAACCAAAGCAGUCUUGUCUCAACGCCUCACGCACAGUGGAGAGGUGACGGGUCGCUCAAAGCACACCUCUGCCCGCAUGACAGGGAGCAGAGAGAGAGGAAAUGUUUAUGACUAUAAUUAUUUAGGGACAAAAAGAUGAAAAAGAUGUAAAUCUCUAGAAGUGUAAUGUGCAUGUGAGGAUUAACUUGGGUAUUUGAAAACUGUAAAGAGAAAUGUAUAGGUGGGUGUGUGUGUGUGUGUGUGUGUGUGAAGACAUUAUUCCUCAGCUAAUAAUUAAUAUUUUUACGAUUUAAUCUUUUUAUAUAUUUAUGACACACACACACACACACAAGGGAAAAACUAAAUUUACGAUAAAGCAUCAUACUUAACAUAUAACCUUUGUACUUUGGCAACAAAUGAAGGCCCUCAGGCGAGGCAGAGAGGAGCGAGAGAGUGUCAAGCGAGCAUCCAAUAAAGAGUUCAUCUGUACACACUGUUUGGGUAUCCGUGAUUGUUGUUGUUGUUGGUGGUGGUAGUGGUAGUGGUGGUGGUGUGUGUAUGUAUGUGUGUGUGUGUGUGUGUUUCUGGAAGAGGACCACUGGUCCAGGGUGGUAAAAUUUUGAAAAAAAAACGCCGGUGCGAGUGGCAGUACCCAGAGGAGCCAGAUGGGAUAGUUAGAUAUUGAAGAAUAAACGUCUUGAGCCUCCCUCUUGAUGGAGUUCAAGUCAUAGGAAGGUGGAAAUACAGAAGCAGGCAAGGAGCUCCAGAGUUAACAAGAGAAAGGGCUCAUUGACUGAGAAUACUUGUUAAAUUUUGCAUUAGCGAGGUGGACAGAACAGGGGUGAGAGAAAGUAGAGUUUUGCGGAGCGAGGCCGGAGGAGAAGAGGCAUUCAGUUAGGAAGAUCAGACGAGCUGUUAGCGUGAAAAUAGCGGCAGAAGAUAGCAAAAGAUGAAACACUGAAGAGAUAAGAGGCUGAAGAAUCUUAGAGGACAGUACUUGAUAACACGAAAUGCUUUUGAUUCAUCCUGUCUAAAAGUGCGUUAUGACUGAAACCACCCUUACAUGUGAAAUAUACUCCAUACAUGGACGGAUAAAGCCCCUGUACAGAGUAGACAGCCUUAAGAGGAGGUGGGUGACAAAAACUUCAGAACACCUAACUUCAUGGAAGCUGUUUUAGCUAGGGAUGAGAUGUGAGGUUUCUAAUUUAGGCCGCAGACCAAGUAUGUUCAGUGUAAAAUAGGGAGACAGUUGAGUGUCACUGAAGAAGUGGGGAUAGUUAUCUGAAAGUUUGUGUUAAGUUGAAAGAUGGAGGAAUUGAGCUUAUGAGGCAAUGAAUAAUACUUGGUUUGCUCUGCCCCAAACACAAAUUUUAAAGAGGUCAGAAGUCAAGGAAUCUGUGGCUUCCCUGUGUGAGCUGUUUACUUCCUGAGAGUCUGGAUGUCUGAGAAAAAGACGUGGGAAAGUGCAGGAUGGUAUCAUCAGCGUAGGAGUCGAUAUGACAAGAAGUUUGGUUUAGAUCAUUGAUGAGUAAUAGGAAGAAAGUGGAUUACAGGACAGAAUCCUGAGGAACACCACUUAAUAGACUUAGGAGAAGAACAGUGACCGUCUACCACAACACCAAUAGAACGGUUGAAAAGGAAACUUGAGCUGAGGUUACAGAGAGAAGGAUAGAAGGCAUAGGAAGGUAGUUUCAAAAUCAAAGAUUGUGCCAGACUCUUUCAAAAACUUUUGAUAGGUCUAAGUCAAUGGCGACCGUUUCACCAAAAUCCCUAAAAGAGGAUGUUCUAGACUCAGUAAGGAAAGCCACAAGAUCACCAGUAGAGUUGGCGAUCAGAUAUAAGGUUAUGAAAUUAUAGAUAUUUAAUAACCUCCCUCCUGAGGAUAGACUCAAAAACUUUAGAGAAACAGGAAAUCAAAGCAACAGCGUGAUAGUUUGAGGGACUAGAGCAGUCACACUUUUUAGGAAAAGGAUGAAUACAUGCAGAAAGGAGAGGCAGAUGUUAACAGACAGAAUUGGAAGAGUUUGAUGAGGCAAGGGACAAGCACGGAGGCUCAGUUUUGGAGAACAAUAGGAGGGAUCGCAUCAGGUCCAUAAGCCUUCUGAAGAUUAUUCCCUUCAACACGACGAUCAGCGACGGCAUGGACAAUAUCACUGCAAUGAAUCUUAAUAGGCAGCAUAAAGUUGUCAGAGGGCAGAGGAACAGGAGGAACAAACCCUGAAUCAUCCAGCUAGAGUUGCUAGCAAGGGUUUGAGCAAAGCGUGUUAGAGAUAGAUGAGAAGACGGUGGUGCCAUCAGAGUGAAACAAAGAAGGGAUAGAUGAAGAAGUAAAGGUAUAAAAGAUGUUUUUGUGUAAGUGCCAGAGGUUACAGAGGAGCUAGAUCUAGAAAGAUCUUGACAUUUUCUAUUGAUGAAGGAGUUUCUGGGUAGUUGGAGGACAGGCUUGCCAUCAUUCCGGGCAGAAAUAUAAAGUGCAUUAGGUUCAGGUGAUGGAGACGAAGUUUGGAAACUAUUUGGAAACUAGAGGAGAGUUUGCAUUUUGAAAACACUUUGGAAACAUUUUGCAGACAUUUUGGAAACAUCCUGCGAAUAUUUUGGAAUAUUUUGGAAACAUUUUGAAAACAUUUUGAAAACAUUUUGGAAAUAUUUAAAAACAUUUUGGAAAUAGCUUGGAAAGCCUAUGGAAACAUUUAAAAGUAGUUUGCAAAUUCUGUUUCCAAUC